AUGAGACCCAAAAAACGAUCCGAACAUUUCUACCACGCACCGGGUGACUACAUCGCCGCUGCCGUCCACGUCUCACUAGAUCUACACCACCCACAUCCCGUGGUAGUCUUGGACCACAUGAAAGAUCUUAUUAAUGUUACGUGUCGGGGCGAUGGCUCUAUCCUGACAGCCUUCGAUGACAUCUCAGCUUACCAGGGUGCAAAAGCACAUUGGGCACUUGCUGGCACCGAGAGCACCGUCUUCAUAACCGCGACGUCCUCUUGCUCCUCCAAUGGUCAGAACAUGUACUAUCAGGCCAACAGCAUCUCGUUCGAUGACGGCCAGCUGGCAUGCAGUAUUCAGGGUGCCAGAGUCGACGUUGGCGAUGUGGUAACUUCUAUGUCCGUCGACUUCGGAAGGUUAACGUCCUCGGGCACAUCAACAUAUGUAGCAACAACAGUCUCGCCCAGCGCAUCCCCUACAACCGCACCACCAGCAUCUGCGCCCUUCUCGAGCAGUUCGUUGGUCGCAAGCUCCGCUAGAAGCACGCAAUCUUCCUUCUCUAGCCCUACACCCCUUGUCAGCUCCCCGACAUCGACGGCGAUCGGUACAUCCACGCUCUCGUCUGACACAUCGGCUUCUGGCACGCCUUCUAUAGCAUCUGUCUCUUUGGUCUCCAUCUCGACACCUACUGAAAGUGUGUCUUCGAUUCUGGCCAACCCACCUCAGGCUACGAUCGAUGGCUUUCCCGCUGUCGCAACCGGACCUGACUUUGAUCGGAUGCUGAUUGACCUGCUCGGCUACUAUGCAGCUAACAAUCAAGAUGAGACGUCCGUACUCAACGAAGCGAUUGGCGUUCCGCUCACCCGUCGUUCGCUGCGAAAACGCGACAAUGUCAUCUUGGACACGAUAGACGAGCUUACUGAGGACAUUGAAGACAUUGUUGACGAUAUCGUGGAUGGCAUCGUCAACAAAGCCUUAGUCCUCGUAAACGGCGUCAAGACACUCAUCGACACCGCCAUUACCGGCAUCCGCCUAGUUGUAGGAACUGUCAUUGCCUUGGGCACACUACUUUUCGGCGGAUCGUAUAGCGACGACUUUGACUUCCCCAUCGACUACAGCGUGGGCGGGACGAACUCCGACUUCGGACCCAACAGCUAUCAGAUGCUCUACUGGACACCAAUUACCGACCCUUACGGCUCGGCUUAUCAGCAAGCCGUAAACAGUCUCAUCUCUCAAAAUAUCACGACGCCGAGCGGCUACACACCCUAUCCGGCAAUCUCGGUCUAUUGCGUCGAGUGUGGCGCAUCCGGAGACUUCGAAGUCCAGGGAAGCGUGAGUGCCGAUUCUUCGACUGGCCUGCGAAAAGCGACCAUCGCCGUGACCGGCAACCUGCAAGCCGGGCUGGAAAUUGGCAUUAGUGCCUUCAUCGCCGGUCAGCAGUCCGCCACUCAGACCCUGUACGUCCGCGACCUCGGCGGCUGGGAGAUUCCGGACCUGGUCUCGCUUACGCCGCAGUUCAUCGUAUCGGUGCAAACGAACAUCCAAGUACGUAAUGAAGGCGAAGUGCUUGCAGGCAUCCAGUUCGUAUGGCCAUCCGUCUACGCCGGCUGGAGUCUCCUCGAUAGCGGCAGCGAGUCCAACGGCUGGACCCCGCGGGUGACUAAAAUCAUGCAGGCCUCCGGUCGGCCGUUGCUCAGCGGUUCUCUUGCUUUCCCGCUCACGCUGAGCUUCGAUCUCGAGUUGUUGAACGGAGCCUUCGGCGCCAGCGCCAACUUGACCGACGCACCGGGCCUUUCACUGAACGUUGACAGCUUCAGCAGCAGCUGCGGGACCUCCUACAGCGUCAACCUGAUCAACACACUCCAGCUCGACGUCAGCUUCCUCGGCUCCGCGAGUCUUCACAGCGACCUCUACAAUCUCGCCCAAGGCUGCGUACCCCUGGGAGGCACAAUCUCACCACCUCCCUCAUCAUCGAAGCUCCGCCGCCGCCGUAGACGCGAGCUGGAUCAGCGACAGGACACCAACGCCACCACCAACUCAACAACCACCGCCCACACCAUCGUGCCCGCCGACGUCGUAGACUCAACCGGCCAAAUCCGCAUGCUACCCCACUACAACGGCAACCUCUUCCUCUCCCUAGCCAACACAAGCACGAACGACACUGCCUUCCUAACCGGCGUCAACCAACUCCAAGCCAUGCUCGGCAACCAAGGCACCACAGCCAACCAAAGCAUCGUCUACGGCGACAGCCAAAACCGUCUCUUCCACUACUACCCCUCCACCAUCGACGGUCUAGGCGUCUCCCGUCUGCGUCUUGCCGCGUGGGAUCAGCUGCCCAUUGGCUCGCGGGUGGUGACGCUCGCGCCGGUCACGCUGCUGAACCAGACGUUUUUGGUUGGUGUGGAUGGAACGGGGAGCUUCAAUUGGCUGUACUGCUGUGCAAUUCAGGAUGAGCCGAACAAGAUGUUUCUUGUCAAGGAUGGCGUGAAAUGGGACGGAGGUGCUGCAGGAUCCCGAUUUGCAGUAUAUCGUUACUGGUGGGCCGUCGAGCGCUUGUGUGCCGCUGCUGCUGAACUCGUAGAUAUUAAUAACGGUCCCAGUUUGAGUGUGUAG